UCGACUAAAUGAUCUUAUACAUAGAUAUGCGGAAGGAGACAUUGGGGUUCGACUGACAAAUGCUGGUGGAAGGAUUGAAAGCAGACGUGUGCUUACUUUUGAAGACAUAAAACGCAUUAGCAUCUUUAUAACAACGUUUACCGAGGACCACGCCAUUGUGCUACCAGGAUGAGUACCAGGUUUUAAGAGGGAUGAUAUCAAACUUCUUCCAUCACAUGAAACAAAAAGUUCGGUGUGGAGAGCUUAUACUGCAGCAAUGGAAGAAAUUGGCGAACGACCUGCCAAGCUGACAUCGUUCCGGAAUAUUUGGAAUCGACUGUUGCCCCACAUUGUGAGGACAAAACCCAUGUCGGAUCUGUGUUGGGAAUGCCAAAAGAACAAUGCAGCAGUGUAUCGCAGUGCAAACCUUCCUGACAUUGUGAAGUGUGCAAAGUUGAAAAAACAGAUGGAUCACUUACAACUGGUUGCCGAAGAACGGACACUCUACAGGGACAUGGUAACUGAGUGCAAGACAUCAGUUGUUGGUUUAAAGCUGGGACACAAUCCACCAUGCUCUAGAGACAUUAAAGGUCAUUAUUCAUUUGACUUCGCACAGCAAGUCCACAUUCCUUCAAACCCUCUGCAGCCAGGACCUAUCUAUUUUCUUGUGCCCCGAAAAUGUGGCAUAUUUGGAGUAAGCUGUGAGGGCAUACCCCAACAAGUCAACUAUCUCAUUGAUGAGGGCAUGUGCUCAAGUAAAGGAUCAAAUGCUGUGAUCAGCUAUCUGCAUCACUUUUUUGAAAAUUAUGGACGGCGAAAAGAUGUUCACUUGCACUGUGACAACUGUAGUGGCCAGAAUAAAAAAAAAUUUGUUGUGUGGUACUUCGCUUGGCGUGUGAUGAAUCACCUUCAUUUGAAUCUUUCGCUGAACUUUAUGAUCGUUGGUCACACGAAAUUUGGACCCGAUUGGUGUUUUGGUCUACUAAAACAAAACUUUCGUAGGACAGAGGUGUGUUCCCUUGAAGAGAUGGCUGCAUGUGUCAAGAAAAGUUCCACUAGUGGUGUCAACAUGUCUCAGCUGGUUGGAGACGAGUCAGGAAAGGUGUUGGUUCCCAUGUACGAUUGGCAGAAGUUCCUGACACCCUUCUUUAAACCUCUUCCUGGCAUCAAGAAAUUGCAGCACAUGAGGUUUGACAGUAAACAACCUGGAUUAAUCCUUGUCAAAGAUUCAUCUGAUUGUGAGGAGACCGCUGUGCAGGUCUUGAAAGACGUGAGAAUUCGGCCACCAGCUGCCCUACCUGUAACAGUUGCCCCACCUGGCCUAGAUAAAAAGCGCCAGUGGUAUUUAUUUGCAAAGAUUCGGGAAUUCUGUACAGAGAGCACCCAAGACAUCGUCUGUCCCCGUCCUGCUGGACAAGUAUCUGAAUCAUCAGAGGAUGAAGAAGAAAUAAGGCCCCCACCUGCCAAAAAGUCCCACAGAAAUAAAAGAGUGUUGAAGGAAAAAAAUUAGACAAUGCAUUCAAACUGACUUUUGUUAUUAAAAGUACGUGUACACUGUACCUGUUGUUACCCAUGGACAUCGGGGAUGUCAUUAUCAGGCUGCCCGUUAUUUUUCGCAGCCUGUUUAAUCAGGGCUUCUGUAUUAUGGUAGCCCCACUCCUAUGGCUAGUGAUAUUCAAUAAUAUAUAACUACUAUCUUCAUGCCCACUGGCUAGUGGAAAAAACGUUGUCAAAUGCUACUUUUAAGUAUAGUUUGUAAAUAUGAAUAUUCUGCCCCCCUCCCAAUCAGAGGGGUUUUAAGCUCUGUCUCCCUCUUUAUGUAACAUAAUCUGAUCAUUCCUAUUAGUAAAAUUUUAUUUACUUAAAGUAUGGCUAGUAAAUGUUUAAUCAUGGCUAGUAAAUUUAAAAUCACUGAUAAAAUGUGGCUAGUGAAUUUUUUGUUUAAUUUCUAGAAGCCCAGGUUUAAUAAAAUCAUUUGGUAUAAAACUACAGGCAAUAAAAACGUUCCAACUGAAUACUAGUAUAAAUAAUUAAUGCAUGUUGAUAACCUUGUGAUAUGUGUUGGAAAGUUGUCCCUGAUUGGUUAUUGUAGCUGGUAUUUAAUGUAUGAUGUUAAAGGCAUACUGUCACAGAUUUAAGGACCUUAUUUCUCUAAAAAUGUAAAAAUUACAUUAAUUGUUGGAAACCAAAUCUAGCUAUUGCAUCACCUUAACUGAACCAUGAUGGA